AGAAACCUCCACCACUACAGCGUGGGGUCCGUUAAGGAGGCGCAAGUGGAGGCCAGUCUUUAGGCCUUAAAAUUGUUUGCGCUUGUCAACUUUUUCUGUUUGUGACUAAAUAGUAAAUAACCGUCAUCAAUAUGUCAGCUUUGGGGACCCUUGCAUUUGACGAGUAUGGGCGAACCUUUAUCAUCAUUAAAGACCAGGAAAAGAAGUCUCGUUUGACGGGCCUGGAAGCGCUGAAGUCUCAUAUCAUGGCAGCUAAAGCAGUUGCAAACACACUGAAAACAUCUUUGGGACCAAACGGACUUGAUAAGAUGAUGGUUGACAAGGAUGGAGAAGUCACCAUUACCAAUGAUGGAGCUACUAUUUUAAACAUGAUGGAUGUGGAACAUCAGGUUGCCAAACUAAUGGUGGAAUUGUCAAAAUCUCAAGAUGAUGAAAUUGGUGAUGGGACCACUGGUGUCGUAGUUCUUGCAGGAGCGCUCUUGGAAGAAGCAGAACAGUUGCUAGAUCGUGGCAUUCAUCCCAUUAGGAUAGCUGAUGGCUAUGAUCAGGCAGCUCGCAUAGCUAUUGAAGAGCUUGAUAGAAUUAGUGACAGCUUUCCUGUGGAUUCCAAAAACACAGAUCCUCUCAUUCAGACAGCAAUGACUACGCUAGGCUCAAAAGUAAUUAAUCGUUGCCACAGGCAGAUGGCCGAAAUUGCAGUGAAUGCAAUCCUUACGGUUGCGGAUAUGGAACGCAAAGAUGUUGACUUUGAGCUCAUCAAAAUGGAGGGAAAAGUUGGUGGAAAACUGGAGGACACUCAGCUUAUCAAAGGAGUAAUUGUUGAUAAAGAAUUUAGUCAUCCACAGAUGCCCAAAGUUUUAAAAGAUACAAAAAUGGCAAUUCUUACUUGUCCAUUUGAACCACCAAAGCCCAAGACUAAGCAUAAGCUUGACGUGACAUCUGUUGCAGAUUACAAAGCCCUGCAGAAGUAUGAAAAGGAAAAAUUUGAAGAAAUGAUUAAUCAAAUCAAAGACAAUGGAGCAAACCUAGCAAUAUGUCAAUGGGGAUUUGAUGAUGAAGCCAACCAUCUGCUCCUGCAGAACCAGCUACCAGCUGUUCGAUGGGUGGGUGGGCCUGAAAUUGAGCUUAUAGCCAUUGCAACUGGUGGACGUAUUGUUCCUCGAUUCUGUGAACUUACUCCUGAGAAACUUGGCACAGCUGGGACAGUUAGAGAAAUCACAUUUGGGACAACAAAAGACAGGAUGCUUGUGAUUGAAGAAUGCAAGAAUUCAAGAGCUGUAACAAUCUUUAUAAGAGGGGGAAACAAGAUGAUUAUUGAGGAAGCCAAGCGAGCACUUCAUGAUGCACUUUGUGUCAUACGCAACUUGGUACGGGACAACCGUGUGGUGUAUGGAGGUGGGGCCUCUGAGAUUGCGUGUGCCUUAGCAGUUAAUCAGGCAGCAGAUAAGUGUCCCACUUUGGAGCAGUAUGCCAUGAGGGCAUUUGCUGAUUCCUUGGAAGUGAUUCCAAUGGCUUUGGCCGAGAACAGCGGGUUAAGUCCUAUCCAAACCAUGUCUGAGAUUAGGGCCAGACAAGUCAAAGAAGGAAAUCCAGCACUUGGAAUUGACUGUUUACAUCAGGGCACUCAUGAUAUGAAGCAGCAACAUGUAAUUGAAACCCUUAUUGGUAAAAAGCAGCAGAUUUCCUUGGCUACUCAGGUGGUGAAAAUGAUCCUGAAGAUUGAUGACAUCCGCAAACCAGGAGAGAUGGAGGAGUGAUUGAUAUGUUAAAACAACUGAAGGAUCUUUCACUUCGGGCAGGAGGGGAGCGUCUCGCCCACCAGGAGAUAUUUAUUGUUUGUUACUGCAUUUCUGUCACUGAGGCUGUGUUUGUACAGGCUGCAAAAAAUAAAAGUCUGCCAUAUUAUUGUA